AUGGCGUGCAAAUUGUUUGUAAAUAACUUUCCAGAAAGCUAUUCAGAGGAGAGCAUGAGCCUAAUUUUUAGUCCCUUUGGGGAAAUAAAGUCCAUCAAGAUUCUGAGAGAGCCUAGAUUGUUCUCAAUUGUCGAGUUCCGGGAUCCCCAGAAUGCAAAAGCAGCAAUGGAUUCUUUGAAUGGCAGAAAGCUGCAUGGAGAGAGCUCACCAUUGCACAUCGAAAUGGCUUUUGACAGAAAAAGAAGGGUGGUCGUCUCCGGCAUCCCCUUGGACUCAUCGAAAGAAGAGCUUCUGAGGUUCUUCCAGUACUAUGGAUCCGUCGAAAACAUCACACCCUCGGAUGAUCCCCAAACAGUUUUUAUUGACUUCUCGUCCCAGAGAGAUUCUGAAAUGCUUCUUGAGCUCAAUCAGAAGAUAAGCUUUGGAAAGGAGGAAUCCAAGCUCUCCAUAAAGCCUUUUACUAAAAGAGAGCGAAAAGAUCAAACCUCCAGCCCAGAAAAAAGUGUUUUUAUAUACAACCUCCCAUCCAAAAUAACCAAAACGGAUCUUAAUGAACUGUUUGCAAAGUUUGGAGAGAUUCAAUCUCUAGGGAUAUUAAACGGGGGAAAAGCAUUUGUUAACUACGAAAAGGAAUUGCCGGCCCUAAAGGCAAUCAGGCAUAUGGAUGGAAAAAACGUAGGAGGAAAGAAGAUUAGGAUAGUCCUUAAAUCUAUGAAGAGAGGCUUGUCUAAAAGGCCUUCUUAG